UUUUGGUCAGGGAAAACGGUCUCCUUAUUACUGAGUGCCUCAUACCAAAGGAAUUACUUUUAAGCUGUUUGUUUUAGCUUAAAUCUUUUUGUCAUACUUUAUAACAUUUCAGAAUUUUAAAAAACUAGUGAAAUCUUCUAGACUUUUUAUUACAUGUAAGAAGGAAGAAUAUUGCAAUAAACAAGAGGUACAGUUUUCGGUCAAACCUUACUUCAGGACUGGUAAUCACAAGAAUACCUGGACUGGUUAUAUUGGCAUUUAUGAAGCUCCGUGAGAAUUUGGUGAUAAAGGAGUAUCUGUGGGGCAUGUCAACCCAGAAAGGUUUGGUGGAAGUUAAAUUCAGCUUUAAAUAAAAAGCUUGUCGCAACACAAACAAUUAAUAGAUUGCUACUUGAAAAUGAGUUUUCUCGUAGUCUUUGGAAGGCAAGAUAAAAUAUAGUUUCUUGUCAGGAUGCAUCUGAUUUUAAAUAGCAUCUCAUUUUACUUGUUUGCUGGUUGCAUUGGUGGAUAUUUUUGAAAAGUUACAUGCUGCAAAGCUCUGUCAUAGUAUCCAUCUGUUACAAGCUAUAGUGUAUUUCUUCCAAAUGGAAAUAUCCUUAACAUGUGAAAUUAAUAAUUCAGCUAAUGGGAAUUGACUGAUCAAAUAUUACACCGUGCAGACUACAGCUUCCAAGAAAAUUGCUGAUUCCGAGUUAACUCAUGACUUAGGAAGAAGACUGGCAGCCCUCUUGUGUUAGUUUCUUAGCUGCCGAAAGUGGGAAUUUCUACAUGGCUAACUUAACUGCAGUUGAAUCUCAUUCUGGAGUUAUCAUCUUGCUUUUUAAAGCAACCCUGAUGAUCUUGUCAUUCAAAUUCUGUUGAAAUAAAAAUUAAUGGCUCAGUUGAGACGUGUCCAUUGCAGCUUGGCAUGAGUUGUGCGGUUUCAACAAACUUCAUGAAACUUUGUUCCACUAAACCCGCUGUCAAAAUACAUCAAGAUAUCACUGCAAAAGGUCAUAUGUGUUAUAACAAGCUGUAAUUUUCUCCUUAUCAGAAACACUUGGGUUUAGGUGUUUUAUGCUUGAGGACUGUGGGAGUGAGUGGUGAGUAGUUCUGUAUCAGAAUGCGUGAAUGAAACCUGCCUUCCUGUAGACUUAUUUUGUUUCCUUCACGUUUGGGAAAGCAUAACCUCUGAACUGUUUCUGUAGAUGGAGUGCUUCACGGGGCUGUUUUUACGGAUUCCUUUGUGUCUGCUGAGGAUUACGUUUUUGGGAGUUGCUGUUUAACCAUGUUUGCCAGUCUGGAAUUACCUGAAGACCUGUUGCAUGUCACAAAAUACUGAAAUUGUGGAAUUUGUUUUGGUCAACUGGAAUACUUCUCAAGUCAUGUGCAGCAGCAUUCUGUCAGGAAACCACUUCUGUUUGUUCUAGUGGACGAACAGCUUGGAUACUGCAAUGGCCACCGUUUUCAAAGUCGCACAGGUUGUCUCACAGACCCUAGCAUUGGGUCAGCCGCAUCAUCUUAACGUCUGACAGGCUCCCAUUGUUGGAAACAAUGCUUUUGGAUGAUCUACCUAACUUAAAAGAUACAUAUGCCUCCUUGUACUCCUCAGCUAUGGAAGACUUAGAGGUGGAUUUUGAUUCAGGACUGGAGGAAGAUGAACUGAAACAGGAGGCUGCUCCUGAGGAUUCCACGAUCUUUGUAGCUUUUAAAGGAAAUAUAGGUGACAGAGACUUUGAGCAGAAACUAGAUACCAUAUUGGAGAAUGUGCCUGGCCUUUUACACAUGGAAUCCAACAAGUUAAAACUGCAGAAGAUAGAGCCUUGGAACAGUGUCCGCGUUACCUUCAAUAUACCCCGUGAAGCUGCUGAGCGGCUGCGAAUUCUGGCUCAGAAUAAUAACCAACAGCUUCGUGACCUGGGAAUUCUUUCAGUUCAAAUUGAAGGGGAAGGUGCUAUCAAUUUAGCUUUAGCUCAAAACAGAAGCCAAGAUGUCCGAAUCAAUGGGCCCCUGGGAGCAAGCAACUCAGUGCGAAUGGAAACGGGGUUUCCCAUGCAGGGGGGACAAGGUUUGAUAAGAAUGAGCAAUGCUGCAGCUGUCAUGAUGUCCCAGAGUGGAAAUGUGCCUUCCUCUAUGGUGGCAAGUGGUGCUAGUGCUGAGCUGCAGCCAAGAACACCUCGGCCUUCCUCACAGCCAGAUGCAAUGGACCCACUCUUAUCUGGGCUAAAUAUCCAGCAGCAAAAUCAUCCAUCUGGAUCUUUAGCUCCCCAGCUCCAUUCAAUGCAGUCAGUUCCUGUAAACAGGCAGAUGAACUCAGCCAACUUUCAGCAGCUACAGCAGCAGACGCAGUUGCAGACACGUCCUCCCCAGCCACAUCAGCAGCCACAGCAGGGUAUUCGACCUUCAUUUACUUCACCAGCACAGGUUCCAGUUCCCCCUGGCUGGAACCAGCUUCCUUCUGGAGCACUUCAGCCUCCUCCAGCCCAGGGAGCAUUGGGUACAUUGACAGUAAACCAGGGUUGGAAAAAGGCCCCAUUGCCUGGACAAAUGCAGCAGCAACUUCAAGCAAGACCAUCUCUAGCAACAGUACAAACUCCUACUCAUCCUCCACCUCCAUAUCCUUUUGGAAGCCAGCAAGCUUCCCAGGCUCACUCAAACUUUCCCCAAAUGAGCAAUCCUGGCCAGUUUACUGCUCCUCAAAUGAAAAGCCUUCAGGGAGGGCCCUCACGGGUUCCUACGCCACUACAACAACCCCACCUGACCAACAAGUCUCCUGCUUCCUCUCCCUCCUCCUUCCAGCAGGGAUCUCCUGCAUCAUCUCCAACAGUUAACCAGACGCAGCAGCAGAUGGGACCAAGGCCUCCCCAGAGUAGCACGGUUCCCCAGGGAUUUCAGCAGCCUGUCAGUUCUCCUAGUCGUAAUCCUAUGGUGCAACAGGGGAACGUACCCCCCAACUUCAUGGUGAUGCAGCAGCAAAACCAAGGUCCACAAGGUUUACACCCUGGUUUAGGAGGAAUACCCAAGCGCCUCCCCCCAGGGUUCCCUGCAGGCCAGGCUAACCAGAACUUCAUGCAAGGUCAGGUGCCUUCCACAGCUCCAGGAACACCGGUGAACAGUGGAGCGCCGCAGCUGCAAACUAGCCAAAACGUGCAGCACACAGGUGGGCAAGGAUCUGGACCUCCUCAAAAUCAGAUGCAAGCACCACAUGGCCCACCAAAUAUGAUGCAGACCAAUCUAAUGGGACUUCAUGGAAAUAUGAACAACCAGCAGGCUGGUGCUAGUGGGCUGCCACAAGUUAACAUGGGCAACAUACAGGGGCAGCCUCAGCAAGGACCACAGUCUCAGCUUAUGGGAAUGCAUCAGCAAAUUGUAUCCUCUCAAGGACAGAUGGUAAACAUUCAGGCUCAGGGAUCGCUGAAUCCUCAAAACCAGAUGAUACUUUCUCGAACUCAGCUCAUGCCACAAGGCCAAAUGAUGGUGACACCACAAAACCAAAAUCUUGGUCCUUCUCCCCAAAGGAUGACCCCACCCAAACAGAUGAUUCCCCAGCAGGGACAACAGAUGAUGUCUACACACAAUCAGAUGAUGGGACCUCAGGGCCAGGUCUUGUUGCAGCAAAACUCAAUGAUGGAACAGAUGAUGACCACUCAGUUGCAAGGAAAUAAACAGCCUUUUAGUACUCAAAACCAGUCCAAUGUUAUGACGGGGCCAGCUCAACUGAUGAGAGGACCAACCCCAAACAUGCAAGGAAACAUGGUGCAGUUCACUGGGCAGAUGAUGGCACAGCAAGGCCCUGUGAAUGGUAAUCCUUCUCAGGUUAUGGGAAUUCAAGGGCAAGUUUUAAGACCCACCGGACCUGGUCCUCACAUAUCUCAGCAACUUGGGGAUACUACUACUACAACAAAUAAUGAUGUGAACUUGACACAGAUGUUACCGGAUGUUCCUGUGCAGCAGCCAAACAUGGUGCCUUCUCACAUGCAAGCAAUGCAAGGAAACAACAAUGCUUCAGGGAGUCAUUUCUCUGGCCAUGGGCUGCCUUUCAAUACAGGGUUUAGUGGAACGCCAAAUGGGAAUCAGAUUUCCUGUGGGCAGAAUCCUGUUUUUCCUGUCAAUAAAGAUGUUACGCUCACAAGUCCACUCUUGGUUAACCUUCUACAAAGCGAUAUAUCAGCAGGACACUUUGGUGUGAACAACAAACAAAAUAAUCAGAAUGCCAACAAGCCGAAGAAGAAGAAGCCUCCAAGGAAGAAGAAAAAUAAUCAACAACUAGAACAAACAACUUCUUCAGAACCACGUCCAGCUGGCCUGGAAGAGAGUGAUCAGUCAUCGAUGUCUGGAGAACAAGGAAUGAAUUUAGAUAAUUCAGGCCCUAAACUUUCAGAUUUUGCAAGUAGGCCACCAGGUUAUCCAUCUCAGCCGGUGGAACAAAGACCACUUCAGCAGAUGCCACCUCAACUCAUGCCACAUACACAGCAGGCACAGCAGCAGCAGCAGCAGCAGCCACCACAGCCACCACCACAGCAAGCCCAGGCACCACCACAAACACCACAGCAGCAGCAGCAGAUGAUGAUGAUGCUUAUGAUGCAGCAGGAUCCCAAAUCGGUCAGGCUUCCUGUACCACAAGGAGUUCACCCACCUAGAGGGCCUCUGAAUCCAGAUGCUCAACGAAUGCCAAUGCAGCAAAGUGGUAACAUGCCAGUAAUGGUUAACCUCCAAGGUCCUGGAUCAGUGCCUCCAUCUCCUGAUAAACAAAGAAUUUCCUUGCCAGGCAAUCCUCCUCUGGGAAAUAAUGCAAGAAAAAUGGUUUAUCAAGAUAAUGUACAGAAUCCUUCCAGCUCACCCCUUGGAGAGAUUUCAUCAGUAUCCUCCCUUCCAGAAGGAGGUGGAGCUGAAGGCCCCCCAGCAUCAGUAGCUCAGAAUAAUUUGACAUCUCAUUUAGUAGUUUCACAGAACCAAUUAAUGAUGACGGGACCCAAACCUGGACCGUCUCCACUUUCAACUGCACAAGGUGCAAGUCCCCAGCAGCAGUCUAAUUCUCUGCCUAGUGCUCUUACGCACCAUUUUCCGAAUGUUGCCACCCCAUCACAAACUUCAAGGCCUAAAACCCCAAACAGAGCAAGCCCAAGGCCAUACUAUCCUCAGACUCCUAAUAACCGUCCACCUAGCACAGAACCAUCAGAAAUUAGCUUGUCUCCAGAGAGACUCAAUGCUUCUAUAGCUGGUCUGUUCCCUCCCCAGAUUAAUAUUCCUUUACCUCCCAGGCCUAAUCUCAACAGAGGAUUUGAUCAGCAGGGUCUUAAUCCCACUACUUUGAAGGCCAUUGGACAAGCCCCAUCAAAUCUCACAAUUAACAAUCAGUCUAGUUUUGCUGCUCCACAGUCACACAAAUUGGAAGGUGUGGUCAUUAAUUCAGGAAAACAAACCAACACUGGAGGAACAAAGAGAGCAAGUCCAAGCAAUAGUCGAAGGUCUAGUCCUGGAUCCAGUAGGAAAACUACACCAAGCCCUGGCAGACAGAAUUCAAAAGCAGCUAAAUUAUCAUUGACAACUCAGCAGAACCCAUCUCUCUUGCAGAACGUGGAAUUACAAAGAAAUAUGAUGGCUGGUCCCUCUUCUUUGCCAACACCUGUGACUACAAGUUUUCAAAAUAAUAACAUGCUAAGUAAUCAGAAUCCUGCAAUUUCUGCACCUGCUAUGACUGGCAUUCCUGAAGACAAUAAAGAGAGCCUUAGUGUGCCUCAAGAUAAUGAGUGUCAAAGUGCACAAGGUGUCCAAGGUAGCAAAGACCAGCCCAGUAUUGAACUAAAAGGUAUCCCUACUCCAGAAAUGAAAACGUUGGUUUCAGAAGAACAGUCAAAAAAAGAUGGGCAAGCCUUAGACACCAGUAAGCUUCCAGUCAUGGAGGAAAGUAAACCCAUGGUAUCUCCAGCUAUGAGGGAGGCACCAACUUCUUUAAGUCAACUUCUUGAUAAUUCUGGAGCUCCUAAUGUAACCAUUAAGCCCCCUGGGCUGACUGGUCUUGAAAUGGCACCGAUAGUCACCACUGGUGAGGAGCUAAAGAAGAUAGCUGUCAUUCCUCCACUACAAGAUUCAUCCUUGAGCAAAGAGCCAUCUAAUUCACUUAGCUUGCCUCAAAAUAAUGAGCCCUGUUCAAAUCCAGGGCACCAGGAACUGGGAGAAAUGAACUCAAAUGUUGCACAGAGUGUUCCUCCAGUAAUGCAAAGGCCUGUCAGCUCUUCUAUUUCAGGUUCUUUACCCCCCAACCAGAUAACAGUUUUUGUAACUUCAAACCCUAUUACAUCUUCUGCUAAUACAUCAGCACCGUUGCCAUCUCAUUUGCAACCUGCGUUGGUGUCGACUGUUGUCACAAUGCCCAACGUAGGGAGCAAAGUUAUGGUUUCUGAGGGACAGUCAGCAGUUCAGUCUAACUCCCGGCCACAGUUCAUUACACCCGUUUUUAUAAACUCAUCGUCAAUAAUUCAAGUUAUGAAGGGCUCUCAAUCAAGUACAAUUCCAGCAGCCCCGAUGACUUCUAACUCUAGUCUGAUGCCUCAGUCAGUCGCGGUUGUUGGUCCUUUGCAUAUACCGCAGAAUAUAAAGUUCUCUGGGCCCGCUCCUCCCAGCACAUCAUCCAGCAGUCCUGUUUCUAGUAUUCCCACCAGCAGGCCACUGGUUCUUAAUCCCUUGGCACCUCCUAUUCAGCUGUCUUCCUCUGCUACAACUUCUUCCAAUGUUCCUUCACAUCUUCCUGCUCAGCAAGUCAAAGACUUCAGCCCAGAGGAGACCUCUUCUCAAAGUGGUGGGUCAAGUGACCAGUGCUCUGCUACAGCAAUGCAGUCUGGACCUGUGGUUUCACCUCUUCUUACAAGUAGUCCAGGAUCUGGGAACAGACGCAGUCCUGUUUCUUCGAGUAAGGGAAAGGGAAAAGUAGACAAGAUUGGCCAACUCUUGCUGACUAAAGCAUGCAAGAAAGUCACUGGCUCCCUUGAGAAAGGGGAAGAGCAAUAUGCUUUGGAUGGAGAAGCAGAAGGUCAGGGACUAGAAACGUCAGUCCCAAAUAGUUUGGGAACAGAGCAAUCACCAGCAGAACUAGAUAAUAAAACUGUGACACCUCCAGCACCCAGUCUUAUAAAACAGAGCACUUCCGGGGCUGGCAAUUCGAGUGUCAGCACUGCGGCUGCUGCUCCUGCCUCUGCAUCUCCAAGUGUACUAACAAGCACUCCUCCUACGAGCGUCCUGUCAGUUGUAACCAUUCCUGCAGUCCCAGACCCCGCGCCUGCAGCACCAAGCACUAAUGGUAGUAACCACAGCAGUUUACCAGCUGAGCAAACUGGGGUUGGUGUGGUGGAGGAAAAAGCAGGAGCACAUCAGGAACUGCUACAAAGUACAGCAUCCUCUCAGCAUUUAACACAGAAAAAAAGUUCAGUUGCACCAUCAGAAAGUACUGUUCAAAGAACAGAACUUGAAACAAAUGCUCCAGUAGUUGCUGGUCAAAGUAAUGAGACAAAAGAGAAUUGUGAAAAGUCUAAAACUCCAAAUAGAAGAAAUUCAAGAACAGAGGACUCUGCCGCUUCACAGGAAACUGUAGAGAAUGGACAGCGCAAGAGGUCCUCCAGACCAGCAUCUGCAUCCAGCACUGCAAAAGGUUACAAUCUUUAACAAAGUAUGCAGCAUUUGUGUGAUACACGUGGUCAUUACCGGAAUGCAUGGUCCACGGUGCCAUUCUGCAUUUCUGAAGCUAACUGUGUCAGCUCCUUAUGUUUAAGGGUCAGAAAAAUUCUGAUGGACGAAAGUUGUGCGAGAGGGUAGAGAAAGACCGUCAAGAGGCAACAUGCGACCAAUAUUUUAAAGAUAACAUACAGAACAAAGAGGUAUUAAUACAAAAUUAUUAUAAAAGGAAGUCAAGUUGAAUUCAGCAACCAUUUUCCAUACUGAAGAUAUUAAAAGUUUGAUGGUAAGAACAUUUGCAUUUAAGAGUUUCGGAGAAGACUUCCACCUAUACGUAAUUGUGCAAUGACUCUCAAAGAUUACAUAGAGGGACCUAUAUGUUCUGCACUUUUGUGGCUGCUGAAUUUAAUUAAAUUUACUUCUUGUGGCAGGAUUGUGCAGAAGAAUCUAAAUCUGUAUUGUAAAAAUAAACUAUCUUUCAUGAUUGUGAAGAAAAGUUUGAAAAAUGUGAAGCCAAUGUAAAAUUGAUUUGGUGAUACCUUCCUGAGUUUGAGGGGAUCUGAAACGUAUGACCUGCCCCACAUACUGUAACAAAUAAACCUAAAGAUGACAACCAGUGGCACGUCAAAUUCUGAAAAUGUGGGAACAUGAAAGUACGUCAGAUUUAAAAAAUACCAGAGCUCACUUAGGGGGUUUGUAUUGACUGUAUUAUUCAUUUACCUCUGUAAGUAAAAUCAUUGUUUUUAAAACAUGCAUCUGAAACUGCUGCAGUAUCUAAGGGUUUUGCUUGAAAACAUAGGUCCAACUUACUGUGUAGUAUCCUGGGCUUUGAUUACCUUGUCUCCAUGCAAGGAACUGCCUACUUUCAAGUUGUAGAGAAAACGAGCAAAACAAGACUCUCUUGAGGAAGAGGACAGGCUGGAGGAUUAGUGAGGUAGCUAAAGAAGUGUAACGAGGUUUGCCACUUGUGCCUACUCUUUUGCACAUUUUUAUUAGUGAAUCAUAGUUUAAGAAAGCACAUUUGUUUUGUAUGCUCCUGGCCUCCCUCUAGACAUCUAUGGUUACAUUAUCUGUGUCCUGAGAAACUCGCUAAUCCAUGUUAAAGAGAAUGCGGGGCUGGGAGAAGUUACCUUUCGAGAUAGAGGCUGAUUAAAGUCAUUAUAAAAAUGGUAAUUAGGAACAACUUACAGCAGGGAGAGAGAAGUAGACUUUGACCAGUUCACGUAGGAAUUCCCUUGCUGAGCAUCAGGAAGGAGGCAGAAGGAUAACCGUAAGAGAAGAGGACACACUGAAAGUCAGCCCUCAUCUAUAAAUACACGGCCUGUUUCGGUGUGCAGUUUGGGGUUAGAAGCAGGCGAGGGAGAUGCUGGUGAUACUCACAAGGCACUGGGGACUGGGACAGGUACUGACUGCUGCCCCAUUCGUUCUCUCAAACAUGGAGACUUCACCAGCAGCAGGGAUGGCUACAGCUAAUGCUGCUGCUGGCCAAGCUACUUAAAAGUAGCAUUGCUGCUUGGAGGGAGCUCCGGUGACUGGAAGUUGUGCCUGUUAAGAUGUUUCACUUCUGAAAACUGAUACUGUAUUGGUAUUUUCACUUUUUGGAGUACCUUUCCAGCAAGGGCUGUUUCAGCAUUUACUGUAGCUUCGAGUUUGUUAAAUUUUGAAAUCUUGUUUGGUUUUGGGUUGUUUUGUUUUUUAAUAUGACAUUUAACAGGCAUGGAGUUGUACCAUUGCUUUCCUAGUUUUAGAUGUCUUGGAAAUUUUUUCCCUUUUGACUCUUAAAAUACACACAACUGUAAUAGCUUUUGGAAAAUAUUGUAAAGAUACAUUGCCAACAUUAAAAUCACAUUUUUAAAAAAUCUGAAGAUGCAAAUACCCUUGGUCCUUACUCCUUUUCUUUUUUUUGUUUUGAAUAGAAACUUAGUGCCUUGGUAAGUGCACUGAAAAUGUCAUCUGCUUUCACUGUAGGUUCUGCAAGUGCUUCUGGUUGUUCUGCUUCAGUGUUAUAUAAUAUUUUGUAUCUUUCUGCAUAAGCUGUUUUUCUGUGAAUCAUAAUGUACACUGAAGAGAUUUGUUUUCUAAUGACCUGACUUUCCAAGGACUCAAACAAGUAGAUUCUUAACUUGCAUGGCAGGUUCCAAAAUACUGUCCUAAGUUUUUUUUAUAACACCACCUCCAUGAUGCUUGGGUCUGAUUGGCGCAGUUUGUGCCCAGCGCUGUACUGCUGUAUCACGGAGACUUCCUUCUGUGGCACAGCUGAGCAAGUCAUGGCAUGUGGGGAACUAAAGUUAAAGAACAGUUAAAAAUACACGACUCUUAUUUUUAAGGCCAUUAUAUUAGGACUUCAUAAAUGUUAAACUCAACGCUCGGAAAUAGUGUCCUAACAGAAGCUAGGGGGAACUUGGUGUUGUAUCGCUGCUGACAGCUGUCUUCAGGGUAAAGGGUCCAUUUGUGUUAAGUCUUGUGAAGAGUCAGUCCUGGUUCUGUGGAAAUCCUGGUCUUCAGAGGUUUCCACUCUGGUGUGAUUUUGGAAAAAUAAAAGGGCAAUCUGUGCACCUCUGGUGAAUGGCUUACCGACUUCGUAUCCAUGCUUUUUUUCUUCUCUUAAUUUCAGAGACGAGUGCCAGUGCAAUGCAGUCAAAAAGAAGAAAAUCCAAGUAAAUUACUGCAUGGAAACAUGAAACUUGUAAAUGAGUGUGAAUUUACCAAUAGCAAUUUUGAGCUGUGAUUUUUCUUUUUUAAAUAAAAUUCUGUACAGUAAGUCAUUUUAAUAUUAUACUGUUCCCAAUAAAUGAUUUUUUUCUAAAAAACAGAUAAAUAGAUACAAAAACUGGGUUCUUCUAAAACCCCCUGGAUUUACAAAGUGAAGUCCAGGGUUAGCACAUUAGGUUAAUGUGUUUGUAUGAAAUGGAAGGGGUGGGGAAGACAAUUGUAAAUUUAUUUGUUUCCACUUUUCAUAAAUUAGAAUACAGGGUUGUCAUUUUUAGGUAUUAAAAUAAUGUAUUGUGCUGUUGUUUAAGUACUGUAUGUGAAUAGUAGUAAGAGGGUUUAUAAACAAACCUGAUCUUGUUUGGAAAUGUAAAUAAUUUUAUUAUAUAGUAGAUCUGAUGUAUUUGUUGUAGAAAUGGACCAGUGAAACAAAAAAAUAAAUUUAAGGGUUUGUAUAAUGUGGAAUCCCUCAUGCUCUAAAUAAAUGUUAUUGUCCUGUAA